AUGCACACGCGUGUGCAUGAGCGUGCAGAGGACACGCGGGGUGCCCGGCUACGUGCCCGGGGACCCGGCUCUGCGUGCAGGUUUCGUGCUGACAACCUGAACAAGCUGAAGAACCUCUGCAGCAAAACCAUUGGAGACAAAAUGAAGAAAAAAGAGCCAGUGGGAACCGAUGAGUCUGUACCGGAGAGCGCGCAGAACCUGGACGAGCUCACGGCCGACGUCCUAGGGGCUCUCCAGGUGUCCCAGAUCAAGAAGGUCCGUGUCCUCAUCGACGAGGCCAUCCUCAAGUGCGACGCGGAGCGCGUGCAGCUGGAGGCCGAGCGCUUCGAGAGCCUCCGCGAGAUCGGGAACCUCCUGCACCCCUCGGUGCCCAUCAGCAAUGACGAGGACGCAGACAACAAGGUAGAGCGAAUCUGGGGGGACUGCACGUGCAGGAAGAAGUAUUCCCACGUGGACCUGGUGGUGAUGGUGGAUGGGUACGAGGGAGAGAAGGGAGCCAUCGUCGCUGGCAGCCGGGGCUACUUCCUUAAGGGUCCCCUGGUGUUCCUGGAGCAGGCCCUGAUCCAGUACGCACUGCAGAGCCUCCGCGCCAAGGGCUACACCCCCGUCUACACCCCCUUCUUCAUGCGCAAGGAGGUGAUGCAGGAGGUGGCCCAGCUGAGCCAGUUUGACGAGGAGCUGUACAAGGUGAUCGGCAAGGGCAGCGAGAAGGCCGACGACAGCUCCAUCGACGAGAAGUACCUCAUCGCGACGUCGGAGCAGCCCAUCGCGGCGCUGCACCGGGACGAGUGGCUCAAGCCCGAGGACCUGCCCCUCAAGUACGCGGGGCUCUCGACCUGCUUCCGCCAGGAGGUCGGCUCGCACGGCCGCGACACCCGCGGCAUCUUCCGCGUGCACCAGUUCGAAAAGAUCGAGCAGUUCGUCUACGCCUCGCCGCACGACAACAAGUCCUGGGAGAUGUUUGACGAGAUGAUCGCCACGGCGGAGGAGUUCUACCAGGCGCUGGGCAUCCCCUACCACAUCGUCAACAUCGUCUCGGGCUCCCUCAACCACGCGGCCAGCAAGAAGCUCGACCUCGAGGCCUGGUUCCCCGGCUCGGGCGCUUUCCGUGAGCUCGUGUCCUGCUCCAACUGCACAGACUACCAGGCCCGCCGGCUGCGCAUCCGCUACGGACAGACCAAGAAGAUGAUGGACAAGGUGGAGUUCGUGCACAUGCUCAACGCCACCAUGUGCGCCACAACCCGGACCAUCUGCGCCAUCCUGGAGAACUACCAGACGGAGGAGGGAAUCCGCAUCCCGGAGAAGCUCCGAGACUUCAUGCCCCCAGAUCUCCGCGAGCUGAUCCGCUUUGUGAAGCCAGCCCCCAUCGAGCAGGAGCUCUCCAAGAAGCAGAAAAAGCAGCAGGAGGGUGGCAAGAAGAAGGCGCCGGGAGGAGAGCGGGUGCUCGAGGAGCAGAUGAAGAACAUGGGCGCCGAGUACCGGGAGAGCGUGCGGGAGAACCUGGAGGUGGGCUACGAGGUGCUCACGGUGCGGGCCACCGACGGCGACGCUGGGGCCAACGCCAACAUCCUCUACCGCCUCCUCAAUGGCGGUGGCCCCAACGAGGUCUUCGAGAUUGACCCGCGCUCUGGCGUCAUCCGCACGCGGGGCGCCGUGGACCGCGAGGCCGUGGAGGCCUAUGAGCUGCUGGUGGAGGCUGCCGACCAGGGGCAAGAGCCGGGGCCUCGCAGCGCCACGGCCACGGUGCGCAUCACCGUGGAGGACGACAACGACAACGCGCCGCAGUUCAGCAGCAAGCGCUAUGUGGCCCAGGUGCCCGAGGACGUGGCGCCCAACUCGGCCGUGCUGCGGGUGACGGCCACUGACCGCGACAAGGGCAGCAAUGCCCUGGUGCACUACAGCAUCGUCAGCGGCAACACGCGCGGCCACUUCUACAUCGACGCGCAGACGGGCGCCCUCGAUGUCGUCAGCCCCCUGGACUAUGAGGCCAGCAAGGAGUACACGCUGCGCAUCCGGGCGCAGGACGGUGGCCGCCCGCCCCUCUCCAACAUCAGCGGGCUAGUGACGGUGCAGGUGCUGGACGUCAAUGACAACGCGCCCAUCUUCGUCAGCACGCCCUUCCAGGCCACCGUGCUGGAGAACGUGCCCUUGGGCUACUCCGUCAUCCACAUCCAAGCCAUCGAUGCCGACUCGGGCGAUAAUGCCCGCCUGAGCUACAGCCUCCUGGAGACCAGGGCUGGCUUCCCCUUCGCCAUCAACAACAGCACCGGCUGGAUCGUGGUGGCCUCUGAGCUGGACCGGGAGGCAGUGGAUUUCUACAGCUUUGGUGUGGAGGCGCAGGACCAGGGUAGCCCUCCCAUGGCGUCCUCGGCCAGCGUCAGCAUCACCAUCCUCGACGUCAACGAUAACAGCCCUGAGUUCACGCAGCGGGAGUACGGCGCCCGCCUCAACGAGGACGCGGCCGUGGGCACCAGCGUGCUCACCGUCUCCGCCAUCGACCGCGAUGCCAACAGCGUCAUUACCUACCAGAUCUCCAGCGGCAACACCCGCAACCGCUUCUCCAUCACCAGCCAGAGCGGCGGAGGCCUCAUCUCGCUCGCCCUGCCCCUGGACUACAAGCUGGAGCGCCAAUACCUGCUCAGCAUCCCCGCCUCCGACGGCCCCCGCCAGGACACGGCCCAGGUCAUCGUCAACGUCACGGACGCCAACACGCACCGGCCCGUCUUCCAGAGCUCCCACUAUACCGUCAAUAUCAAUGAGGACCGGCCUGUGGGCACCACAGUGGUGGUCAUCAGCGCCACGGAUGAGGACACGGGCGAGAACGCCCGCAUCACCUACCUGAUGGAGGACAGCAUCCCCCAGUUCCGGAUCGACCCGGACACCGGGGCUGUCACCACCCAGAUGGAGCUGGACUAUGAGGACCAGGUGUCCUACACGCUGGCCAUCACGGCGCGGGACAACGGCAUCCCGCAGAAGUCUGACACCACCUACCUGGAGAUCCUGGUGAGCGACGUCAACGACAACGCCCCACAGUUCCUCCGUGACGGCUACCAGGGCUCCGUGUACGAGGACGUCCCGGCCUUCACCAGCGUCCUACAGGUCUCCGCCACCGACCGCGACUCGGGGCUCAAUGGCAGGGUCUUCUACACCUUCCAGGGAGGUGAUGACGGUGAGGGCGACUUCAUCAUCGAGUCCACCUCAGGCAUUGUCCGUACGCUGCGGCGCCUGGACCGGGAGAACGUCCCGCUCUAUGCCCUGCGGGCCUACGCCAUGGACAAGGGCAUCCCGGCCAAGCGGACGCCGGUGGAGAUCCAGGUUACGGUGCUGGACGUCAAUGACAACCCGCCCGUCUUUGAGCGGGACGAGUUUGACAUCUUUGUGGAGGAGAACAGCCCCAUCGGGCUAGUGGUGGGCCGCAUCGUGGCCAGCGACCCUGACGAGGGCCCCAACGCCCAGAUCAUGUACCAGAUCGUGGAGGGCAACAUCCCUGAGGUCUUCCAGCUGGACAUCUUCUCUGGGGAGCUCACGGCGCUGGCUGACCUGGACUACGAGACCAAGGCGGAGUACGUGAUGGUGGUGCAGGCCACGUCGGCGCCGCUCGUGAGCCGCGCCACGGUGCACGUCCGCCUGCGGGACACCAACGACAACAGCCCCCAGCUGCGCAACUUCGAGAUCCUCUUCAACAACUACAUCACCAACGGUGUCCACACCGCGACGGCGCAGUGCACGCUGCGGGUGACGGUCAUCACGGACGAGAUGCUGAGCAACAGCAUCACGCUGCGCCUGGCCGACAUGUCCCAGGAGCGCUUCCUCUCGCCGCUGCUCAGCCUCUUCCUCGAGGGG